AACUAAUAGUGUGCACCCGACCUGCCGACGAGCGAUGGACGAGCUACCGACAAGCUUCCAGAGCACCAAGAAGCCGCUGUACGUGCCCAAGACCAAGGCGAAACCGAAGGACAGCGGCUACGAGCGGCGCAACGUAGGCCAGGCCAACCAGCGCAACAAGCGCCCGCGACACCAGCAGGCCUCGUCGGCGACGUCGCACUACCGCCCGCAGCCAGCGCAAGCAUCAGCGCCGACGAGCGCGUUCGGACGGAGCUUCUUCAAAGAGUCGUUUCUGGAAGACCCGUGGCGCGAGCUCCUCGAAGGGCGGCCAGCCCGUGAGACCCCGCCCCGAGCGGCGUCGGGCAGCGCUGGCUUUGGUCGAUCGCUCUUCCUGCCGUCGUUCUUGGAAGAUCCGUGGGCCCCGCUGCUAAGCCAUGCGUAAUGCAACGUUGUACGACGA